AUAUUUAUUUACGCUUGUCGCCGUAUCCCCUCCACUUGCCACAAAAUACCGUAAACGGCUAGAAACUGGAAAUCUGGAAAUGGUAUCGCUGCGCUGAUCACUGCUCCAUACAUCACUGAUCGUAUUUCGCAACGUUCGCGACGAGACAACGGUGAUCAUGGUGAGCGCGAGCAGUGUCGUGGCGCAUCUCGUGAAAUUGCUGGUGACUGCAAUGUGUAUGGGACAUCUCGCUGAGCCCUACCGGGUAAAAGCCUUGCCGAUCACGUGGUCCUUGCGUGCCUUUCGAAUCCUCUUCAUGCACUCGAUAUUGGGAAUCUUCAGAUUUGGAGUACCGUUUACUUCAUCAUCGACACCUACAGCAAGAUGCUUUCGAAGUUUUUACGAUUGGUUUUCCAGUGUCAUUGAAAUUGUUCCUUUAGCAUUGCUGACAUCUGGUAUAUUAAGCGCAUAUCAGAUUGAUGAAAAAAUUCGUACGUUGUUAUUGUUUCUUGGUACAAUACCAGUAUUUUUUCCACUAGCGAUAAAACAGAAGGAAAGUCAAAUCAGGAAACUGCGUUUCUUGACGAAUAUUACUAUCGUGUUGCAGAUUUUGGCGAUAAUGAUACUCGGCUUAAAAAAUGGCAAUUACAAUGUCAUUAGUUUAGUCGCUUCCUAUACUUUUGAACGUUUCUUUGUGGAAGAAUUUUGUUAUCGAUACAGUAUUCCGUAUACCGAUCUGAUGCAGUAUUGUAUAUGCUUUGUGGAAGUUUUUACGGUAUCAACGCUGAAGGAAUUAUAAAAAAAGAGACUUUAAUUUACCUAUUUGCCUGUCAUCUAUUUCAGGCAACUGUUAUUCAAAAUUUAAGACUCUUGAUUAGUUGUUGCGGCCACAUUGUCUUAAACGUGAAGUGAAAAUAUACAAUUUAUUUUCACUUUAUAUGUCUUUUACUGACGACUAUUUACUGAUUAUCAAAGAGAAAUAAAGGUAACUCUGAUCCAUUUUUACAAAUAUUUUAAAGUUAUCACAUUAUUUUGUUUUAUCUAAAUUCUCUUUACAAAUGAUAUGCAAAAAAUUUGACAUGUCAUUUCUCGCUUAUGACGUCACAUUUCAAUAUGACCGCGGCACCGGAAUCAGAAGGCUUAACAAAUUAUACUUGAUUAUAUUUGAUACAAAGACUGUCAAUUUUUAAUAUAAUAUAAAAAAUCUACCUUUUGUUAUAUUAAUCUUGCAACAAUUGUUCGAUAAUAGCUGACACUGUAAUAUAUAUAUAACAUUGAGUUUGCUAUCAACUUGUAAAUUAACAAUGUUUAGGGGAGAGUGGCGUAAAUCCGACCGUGUUCCAAAUAGGACUUUUUUAAUUUAAAUGAAUACGCAUGAAUUAUUAAACAGAUUUGCAUACUUUUUAUAAUAUAAAGUCCUUAUAUAAGACACCGAACAUGUGACAGCAGUUUGACAAUUCUCUGUCAUAACAUUCAUAGAAUAGACGCAAAUAUGUGUUUUCAGCCAUCGUGCGAAAAUUUUUUUAAAAAAGAAAAUUCUUAUAUAUAUCAUUACGUAAAAGGUGUUAAAAAUUUGAAAGGUAAUUGAUUUAAGAUAAUAAAUUAAAGAGUGCAAUUCAAAACAUCAAGUAUUUUGUGAUCACUUUUACAGUUUAUUGUAAAAUUUGUUACAAAGUUUGAAAGGACCUGUAUCCAAAUCGGAUAGUAGAUAACUUAUAGGGCUGGUUGUAGUACUGGUAAUCGGCCGAUCAGAUCUAGUCCAAGGAAUUAAAUCAGUAAAUAAAACUAAAUAUAUAACGCUCACUUAUAAUACUAAGAUAUAUGAGUAAUAGCUAGAGUACAGUUGCUAAAAGAUAAUAUUUCAAAUAACAUCAAAUAAAAUAUACGUUUCGA